UCACGUCCGGUCCGCGGGCCGUGCCCUGCCAUGUUGCCGGCGCUGAGGCGCUGCCUGCCAGGCUCCGUUCUGGUUGCCGCUCUGGGCCCAGCUGCCCGGCCAGGACCCGGCCUUGGCCUCUGCCCCGGCACUGCUGCCGCCUGGGACCCGCGGCUGGUCCCGGCGCGGGGCCGCAAGACGCGACAUGACCCUCCCGCCAAGUCCAAGGCGUCGCGGCUGAAGCUGCCGCCGCCUGUCGACCCCGAGGAGCUGCUGGUGGUGACCGAGCGGUACCGGCAGCACCGGCUCGUCCUCAGCGCCCUUCGGGCCGAGUUCAGGGCUGAGGUGCAGCAGAAGAAGAGGGAGACUCUGCUGUCCCAGGAGUCGUCGACGGAGCUGUUGGAGGAGCAUCAGCGCCUGAUGGCCUGGAACGAGGCGGAGAACGCGCGGCAGAGGGCACGCAGAGAGGAAAGACUCAAGAAAGAAGAGGAAGAGCGGAACAGGCACAAGCUGCAGGCUGCAGAGAACAGAGCCAGGCACAUGGAGGCUGUGCUGAAGAAGAAGGAGGAGGAGAUUCUCCAGCUGCAGGAGGAAGCCAAAUCCUUCAUCACCCCUGAGAACCUGGAGGCACGGAUCGAGGAGUGCCUGGACAACCCCCGCAACUACAACUUCGCCAUCGACAAGGAGGGGCGGAUCGUCAGGCGGACUGCGCUGUCCUAGCGGCACGGGGCA